UAGUCACUGUGGCACAGUCAGUAUUCCUGUCAAACCUUUUCACGACUCACGAGUGAACGUGUCACUCGUAAUUCCACUCAACAUUCCACGAAAUCAUUUCUUUUAACUUCUUUUAACUCUUUAGAAUUUAUUAACGAAGAUUCCGAUUCAUUUUCAUCAAUUUUAAUCUCUAGACUAUCCAUACAGAAUGUCUGCCCGAGCCAUUUGGGAAGCAACGGGCAAGGACUUGAUUAACCGGAAUUUGAAUUACUCCAACGGCGUGGCCAAGUGUCGUUUCGCUGUCUAUGACCAAAGCGUCUCAUGGAGCCAACUUGUCCAGCAGGAACCUUGGCUCGAAACCGAGAAACUGGUGGUGAAGCCGGAUCAGCUCAUAAAGCGACGUGGAAAAUUGGGUCUCAUCAAGGUCAAUGUGGACUUGAAUCAAGUCCAAGAAUGGGUUAAUGAAAGGAUAGAUAAAGACGUCCAGGUGGGCAAGGCAACUGGUAAACUGCGUCGUUUCAUUAUCGAACCGUUUAUUGCACACAAAGACGAGGAGGAGGCAUACGUUUGCGUUUACUCUGAACGCAACGGCGACGUCAUUCUCUUUCACCACCAAGGAGGCGUGGAUAUUGGCGACGUGGACGAAAAAGCUUUGCGCCUGUCCGUGGAAAUCGACAAUAAACCCAGCCGGGAGGAUAUAUUGAGCGGUUUGCUGGUCAACGUCACCGACGAUGCCAAAAAAGAACGAGUGGCCGACUAUAUCGUUGCCCUCUACGAUGUCUACGUCGAUCUCCAUUUCACCUACAUGGAAAUCAACCCGUUGGUGGUGACGGCGGAAGGCGGUGUCUUCAUGCUGGAUUUGGCGGCCAAAAUCGAUGCCACGGCCGAUUUUCUCUGUCGCACCAAAUGGGGAAGCAUCGAAUAUCCGCCUCCGUUCGGCCGCGACGCCUAUCCCGAGGAGGCCUAUAUCGCCGACCUGGAUUCGAAAAGUGGCGCUUCGCUCAAGUUGACCAUCUUGAACAGGGCUGGACGCAUCUGGACCAUGGUGGCCGGUGGAGGCGCUUCGGUCAUUUAUUCCGACACCAUUUGCGAUUUGGGCGGCGCUGCCGAACUGGCCAAUUACGGCGAGUACUCGGGCGCCCCGUCUGAGCAGCAAACUUACGAGUAUGCUAAAACCAUUCUCAGUCUAAUGACCCAAGAUAAACAUCCAGACGGAAAGGUACUGAUCAUUGGAGGCGGAAUCGCUAAUUUCACUAACGUUGCGGCCACGUUUAAGGGCAUCGUUAAGGCUCUGUUGCAGUACCAGACCAAAUUGGUGGAUCAUAAGGUUUCCAUCUUUGUCCGCCGAGCUGGACCCAACUACCAGGAGGGUCUUCGGGUGAUGCGAGAAGUGGGAGCCAAUUUGGGAAUACCCGUCCAUGUUUUCGGCCCCGAAACCCACAUGACUGCCGUUGUGGGCAUGGCGCUUGGCAAACGUCCGAUCCCCAGCGAGUCGGUUGUUGAAUUCUCGACGGCCAACUUUUUAUUGCCUGGCGGCCAAGAAGAUGAGAUGCCCCGAGCCCGAGCAGUUUCUCAGGAUUCCGGCGUUGGUAACCGGGCCUCGUGGGACGAGAAGGAGGGAUCGCGCCAGGGCUCAUCCGCAGCCGGCGCCUCUUCUUCGCUGGCUUUCCUCAAACCACUUUUCACGUCCGAGACGAAAUCCAUCGUCUGGGGCAUGCAGACAAGGGCCGUCCAAUCAAUGUUGGACUUUGACUUUGUAUGCCGACGCAAGGAACCCUCUGUAGCGGCCAUGGUUUACCCGUUUACUGGAGACCACAAGCAGAAAUUCUACUGGGGUCACGGCGAGGUUUUCAUCUCCGUUUACAAGUCGAUGGACGAUGCCAUGAAGAAACAUCCCACCGCCGAUGUCAUGGUCAAUUUCGCCUCCCUCCGCUCCGCCUAUGACAGCACGGUGGAAGCCAUGAAUUACCCACAAAUCCGUACCAUUGCCAUCAUUGCCGAAGGCAUUCCUGAAAAUUCGACCCGUAAACUCAACAAACUGGCCGCUUCGAAGAAUGUGGCCAUCAUCGGUCCAGCCACAGUCGGUGGAAUUAAACCGGGUUGCUUGAAGAUCGGCAACACCGGUGGCAUGAUGGACAACAUUCUCCACUCAAAGCUCUAUCGUCCCGGCAGUGUGGCUUAUGUGUCCCGUUCGGGCGGCAUGUCCAACGAGCUGAACAACAUUAUCGCUCAUCACUCGAACGGCGUUUGUGAGGGCGUGGCCAUCGGUGGCGAUCGUUACCCUGGUACAACCUUCAUUGACCAUCUGCUUCGCUACCAGAACGAUCCGGAAGUCAAGAUGUUGGUCCUCUUGGGUGAGGUCGGAGGAGUCGAAGAGUACGACGUUUGCCGGGCGUUGACGGAUGGAAGAAUUACCAAGCCAAUUAUUGCUUGGUGCAUUGGCACUUGUGCCAGCAUGUUCUCCUCUGAAGUCCAGUUCGGUCACGCCGGAGCUUGCGCCAAUGCUGAGCGUGAGACGGCCCUGGCCAAGAACAAGGCUCUGGCCGAAGCUGGCGGUCACGUUCCGCAGAGUUUUGACGAUUUGGGUGAGGUAAUCGAAAAGGUUUACAAGCAAUUGGUCCAGGAUGGCACCAUCGUCCCACGCGAAGAAGUCCCGCCGCCCACUGUGCCCAUGGAUUAUUCCUGGGCGCGUGAGCUCGGCCUGAUCCGCAAACCAGCUUCGUUUAUGACCAGCGUGAGCGAUGAGCGUGGCCAGGAACUUCUCUACGCCGGCAUGCCCAUCAGCGAGGUGCUAAAACAAAAUUUGGGUAUUGGUGGAGUGAUUUCGCUGCUCUGGUUCCAGCGCCGUCUGCCCGUCUACGCUUGCAAAUUCAUUGAAAUGUGUUUGAUGGUGACGGCCGACCACGGACCGGCUGUCUCCGGUGCUCAUAACACCAUCGUCUGCGCCAGGGCCGGCAAAGAUUUGGUGUCUUCUCUGGUGUCUGGUCUCUUGACCAUCGGUGAUCGAUUUGGUGGAGCGUUGGACGCUGCCGCUCGUCAAUUCAGCGAGGCUUACGACAUCGGACAACAUCCGAUGGAAUUUGUCAACAGUAUGCGCAAGAAGGGCGAGCUGAUCAUGGGAGUGGGUCACCGCGUCAAGAGCAUCAACAAUCCCGACAUGCGUGUCACCAUCAUCAAGGAGUUCCUGCGCGAACAUUUCCCCGCCACUCCGUUGCUGGACUACGCCCUCGAGGUGGAAAAGAUCACAACGAGCAAGAAACCCAAUCUCAUUCUGAACGUCGACGGCAUCAUCGGCGUGGCUUUCGUCGACCUUCUCCGCAACUCUGGCUGCUUCACUCGGGAGGAGGCGCAGGAGUACGUCGAGAUCGGCACGAUCAACGGCCUUUUCGUCUUGGGUCGAUGCACGGGCUUUAUCGGCCACUAUCUGGAUCAAAGGCGACUCAAGCAAGGACUCUACCGUCAUCCCUGGGACGACAUUUCGUACAUCCUGCCGGAGAAAUACGCUGAAUAGGCGGGGAGGGGGAGCAGCACUCGACGAAAAAGAGGAAGUAGCUUUAUAAAAAAACCGGAAGAGGGACAUCUUCGUAAUUCGAUGUGAUAAUAGGAAAACAAACUCGUCCGAAAAAAGGAAAAAAGAAAAUUAAACUAAAAAUCUAGAGGACAAAACGACAGACAGCUAUCGAAAGUUCACCGUCUCUACAUGUGAUGCACCUCUUCAGCACCAAUUUGUCUUAACUCACUUGUCUUUCGCACUUGGUAGAUAGGAGAAGAGAAGGAAUGCUUAGCUAACCAAUGGAGCGGCAACAACUUUGUAGACAUCUACUUGCUUUGAAUUGGUCCCAAAGACCCGAUCAAAGUUGAAAGAUUUUAUCAGCGAACUCUUGUCGACCACUUGCAAUUCUUUAUGGUUGUUAACCACACACAUGCACACACAUUUUAUUCCUCCCAAAACAAAACAAACAAAAAAAAAAAUGAAUUGUUUGCGUGUUUUUCAUUCAUUGUUGUCGCUCCUCCGGAAAGAGCACGAGCGGAAAAGCUCUUCCAACCAAAACCAAAAACAAAAAAAUUGUCCCGAAGAAACGAAACAUUCUCUCCAUUCCGAAGCAUCAUUUCCCCUUUUUCGGUUCCCUGUUUUUAUUUUUUGAUUCAAACGUGACACUGAUACGUUCCAGCUGUAGCAUCAAAGAUUUUACAAAAAUCCAAUUUUUAAUUUUCUUUUUAAAAAAAAGCCUAACUUUAACCUUAGAUUUAUGAUUUUUUCUUCUUAUCAUUAUUAUCUUUUUAAAAAAACAAAAUGGUGUGCGGGACAGAGCAAAUGUUUUGAAUUCUUUUAUCAAAAGAGCAUCAUUGGCUAUUUUAAAAAAUUGUUGAGCAAUAAACGGUGUUUUAGUGUG